AUGAAAGAUUACCGAAAACGAUACCUGGACUACUGGGAGUCAAGUGCGGAAAGAACUGGCGAUCGUCCCGUUGAAGCUCUCCUGUCCCCCGUGACGCCGUAUGCAGGUGUUCUUCCCGGGAAAUUCUAUCCCUCAACAUACACCAGCUCUGUCAACGUACUGGAUUACGCAUCAGUUGUCAUCCCAGUAACGCUGGCGGACAAGAAAUUAGACAUUGUCAGCUUGAAUUUUAGCGGCCUCAACGAAGAGGACAGAAUGAACAUGAAUUAUUAUGAUCCAGAGAAAUACCAUGGUGCCCCCGCAGCUGUACAGCUAAUAGGGCGCAGAUUAGACGAGGAAAGAUUGCUGUCGCUGGCUCAAAUUGUGGUCGAAGCGUUGAACGAUUACAGAUCAGAAAAUGGCGAGAAAAGAUGA